GGGUGGGGAACUCCAGGCCUGCAGGUUUUAGAUCUCACCCUGAGUCAACACACCUGAAUCACAUGAUUAGUUCAUUACUGGAGAACUUCAAGACAUGUUGAGGUCAUUUAGGACACAUCUAAAACCUGCAGGACACCGGCCCUCGAUGCCUGGAGUUCCCUUCCACUGUUGUAAUGUUUUGAACUGUGUGUGUGUGUGUGUAUAUAAAUUUACAAAGUAGUCAUGACCUGCUUCCUUUAGGUGGCGCCACAGAGGAUCAUCCACAAACCUCCCCUGAGGUCUCCCUCUUCAUUCUCCACUCCCUCCUCUGCACAUGCUCAGACCGUCUCAGCCUCCCUGACUCUGAGCUGUCCCUCUGAUGGACCCGUUUCUGGUCCUGUCCCUGCUGUCCAACAUCUUCAGCUCGGCCUCCUCCGUCUCCAAACCACCCCAGCAGGUCUUUAAACCCUCCCUUCCCUCCUGCUGCUCUCCUCCUGUCACAGAUCAGCUCUCACACUCGUCUCCACCUCUCUUUGGUGGCUGACCCCGGGUAUUUAAACUCAUCCACCUUCCUCGGCUCCCUCUGAUUCACUCAUUUAUUCUGACCUCCUCCUACUGACUUUCACCUCCACCUCUCCUACUCGCAUUAAUCAUUAAUAAUAUAAGAAUUCAUCUGUUGGAGUCACAGAAAUCUGUGACAGUAAAGUAAAUCCCCUCUCAUUUGUAGAUUCAUGAACUUUACUCAGCACCAACCAUAAACUCAGUAAAUGUGCUCGGCCUGUUGUUGUCACCCAGUUAUGGUUGAAUAACUGAGGCUCGUAUAUCCAUAAUCAUCACAAACCGACUAAAAUAAGAAAAGUUAAACAUUGUCAGUCUCUUAUCUGCUCCUUCAGACAAAUAUGGGCUAACUCAGGGAAACAGACUUGGAACUUUAACCUUUAGGCUGAUACCACAAACCUGAAAGCUCCGCCCUCCUCUCUGCUCUGACUCGCCUGCUUUACAUCUACCUGACCUGCACCGGUGUCUGUUUGCAAAAGGCUCAAUGUUUUUCAUUUGGAAACAGAGUCAUUCAUGUAAAACUAAAGAGUUUGCAUCAGAUUGUUAAGGUGGUUGUUAAAAAUGAUUAAAUACUUCAUUAUUCAUUAAACAGUGAUAACUGGAACGUGUUUGGAAUUCCUGUUGGAGCUGCUUCUACAGUCGCAGCAGACGGCUUCAGUUUGUAUGUGUCAGCAGUAAUACUGCAGUACUGGUGUUUUUUAACUAGAGCGAGAGGCGGGGGACACUCUGGUCUCCAGCCAACAACCAUUCACACCUACGGGCACCAGUUAACCUGACCCCACUAACUGCAGGUGUUUGGACUGUGGGAGGAACCCACACAAACGCCACACGGACGGGCAGGUGGCGGGGUCAAACUCGGCCUUUACUUUUAAUUUGAAAUGUAUUUGUAUGUCGCUUAUUAAAUUGUGCUCCUAGUUACUGAGCAGAUUACAAGGACUUUCCUCGAGAUGACGGCCAACCUGUGAAUAAAGCUUUGCUCGUAUUUUGCACUAAUUUGCAAAUAAUCAAAUGACGUGAAUAACCUGGAGGGAACGUGCUUUCUGCUGACCCGGCCUGCAGAUCCUCCCCCAUCACCACACCUCCUCUGACAGGUGACAGCAGGAGGCUCCUCCCCCAAACCACUCCUACCAACCUGUGCUCUUCUAACCUCCCACAUCCACAGGAGCGGGAGAGUAAAGCCCCACACACACACACACACUUCUUGUGAGAAGUGUUUUGCCAUGUGGGGCCUCGUGGCUGCCGGGUCCGUCUUCUUCCCGGGACUCUUCCUCCUGUCCAAACAGGCUCUCAAACAGCUGAUGGGAUGGAGCGAGGGGGACGCCGCUGUCGUGUCAACACGCCUGGUAUCAUCCAUCCAGUCCAUCAUGGCCUCCUCAGCCGGGUGCAUCAUCAUCACAUCCUGCAGGGACGUCAUCGAGGACCGACAUUGGCUGACUGAUGCCUACAUCUUAUUUGCCACGCCUUACUUUGCCUACGACAUCUACGCCAUGUUCCUGUGUUACUGGCACAAGCUGCAGGUCAAAGGUCACGAGGAGGCAGGCCAAAGCGUCGGGUCGAUGGGAGCCGCUGUGAUUGGUUACCUGCGCAGGGAGUUCCUCAUGGUGCUGCACCACAUCUUCAUGGUGACCUUCUGCUUCCCUGCCUCUCUGCUGUGGAGGCAGGGUAAAGGUGAUUACUUCCAGGGCAUCUUGUUUCUGGCUGAGCUCAGCACCCCGUCCGUCUCUCUGGGGAAAGUCCUGAUCCAGUAUAAGAAGCAGCACACGCUGCUGCACAAAGUGAACGGCGUCGUCAUGCUGCUCACCUUCUUCGGCUGUCGGGUCUUACUCUUUCCCUACCUGUACUACGCCUACGGCAGGUAUGCAUCGAUGCCGAUGUACCAGGUGCCCCUGGUGGCCCCAUGGCAGUGUAACCUGGGGACUGCCCUGCUCUGGCCUCUUCAGCUUUACUGGUUCAUGCUGAUCUGCAGAGGAGCUCUGCGCCUGUUCACCAAACGCUCUAAUUCACCACCUGCAAUUCUUAAAGCCGACGGCAACUUGGCCCCAGCUAACGGCUGCACAACCAAUCAGACAGCUGGUGGAGGAAGAGGAGAGUAA